AUGGGACAUGAGGAGCAUGGAGGGACUUGGCACAUGGAAGCAGCUCAACUGGAUACGCAAAGGAAGAAGGGAGAAGCCAUCUUGAAGACCAGCUCGACCGUCUACUCGACCAACCGGUCGAGUUCCUCAACUCGACCGGCCAAGCUUCAACUCGAUCGAGCUGAGAAGUCAAAAGGGGAAUGGAAACCCUUUGGGAAUGGACUCGGUCGAGCUAGGCAAACUCGACCGAUUGGUCAAGGAGAUGCUCCAAACCGCCACCAACAGAGACAAGGGAUUGUUCCACCACCAGUGCAGAACCACAACUUUGAGAUCAAGCUGGGAAUGAUCAACCUUGUCCAGAACAAGAUGUUCCAUGGAUUGCCAAGUGAAGACCCCAUUGACCACCUUGAUGAGUUUGAUAGGCUUUGUGAUUUGACAAAGAUCAAUGGUGUCUCUGAAGAUGCCAUCAAGCUGAGACUCUUUCCUAUGUCUCUAGCUGACAAAGCUCACCAAUGGGAGAAGAGCUUGCCCCAUGGCACAAUCACCACUUGGGAUGAAUGCAAGAAGGCCUUUCUUGCUAAGUUUUUCUCCACCGGUCGCACAGCCAAGCUUAGAGGAGAGAUAUCCAGCUUCAUCCAGCGAAACAAUGAGACAUUCGCAGAGGCUUGGGAGAGGUUCAAAGGCUACACAAGUCAGUGCCCACACCAUGGAUUCAACAAUGAAUCACUACUCUCCACUCUUUAUAGAGGAUGCUUGCCUAGGUAUAGGGAGAUGCUAGACACAGCUAGCAAUGGGAACUUCCUCAACCAGGAUGUAGAUGAUGGCUGGCAACUUGUGGAGAACAUAGCUAACUCAAAUGGAAGCUAUGGAGAAGAGUAUGAUCGCACCAACCGGAGCUCGACCCACCACUCGAUCGAGUCAGACGAAAAGUUGAGAAAAGAUGUUAAGGCAUUGAAUGAGAAGUUGGAUAAGCUGAUCCUAGCUCAGUCCACAAUGAAGAAAGUCAACUUUGUGUCUGCUGAGGAGAUGGAACCAGUCCAAGAAGGGGAGGAUACACAAUUUGCUGAGGUGUGCUACAUGAGCAAUGGGCAAGGAGGUUACAACAAAGGAUACUAUAAUUACAAGUCCAACCCUGCCAUGUCAUACCGCAACACUGAUGUUGCUAACCCUCAGGACCAAGUCUAUCCUCAACAACAAGCAGCUCGAUCGAGUCAGGUGCCACAACAUGGGUAUGGUCAAAAGAACAAUUACCAAGGACCACAAGGCACUUUCCCUGGACAACAAAUGAAUAUCCCACCAGGCUUCCCCCACCAACCGCCCCAGCCUGCACCUUCACAAGAGAAUGAGCUCAAGGCAAUGCUAAAGCAACUACUUCAAGGGCAAGCUGAUGGGGUAGUGGACACAAGCAAGAAGCUAGCUGAAAUAAACUCUAAGAUCGAGAACCUCAACACAAGGGUUUACUCUCUGGAGAAUCAUGCUUCUUCUGUUGCUGCUGCUACAAAGCAAGGACAACUACCUGGUAAAGCUAUUCAGAACCCCAAGGAACAGUGCAAGGUCAUCUUCACUCAAGAAGGACUUGUUGAAGAAGAGGAUCAAGAAAGGGUCAUUGAAGAUUUUUGUUUACUGCUGAAUGAUGAAGAGAUUGUUGCUGCUGAGGCUCCUGGAGUCCAGAUUGAUCAACCAGAACCUGUUUUGCUUGAUCCUUAUCAACCGGUUGCCGCUUCCUCGUCUCGCCUACUUAGUCAAGGUCACAAGGAAGUGAUUCACAAGUUCAGAAGAGAUCUCAGUGGGAUUGGAAUUGAGUUGCCUCCUAUGGAUAGCAUGAGUGAGGCAUUUGAUCAAAUGCAAAUGGUCAAGGAUGUUCUAGCCAACAGUGAUAAAGUUUCAGAGGUCCUACAAGAGUCUACUCAUCAGUUCAACCUGCUUACUUCACCCACCUUCCUACCAAAGGUCAAGGAUCAAGGGAAAUUCACUCUCCCUUGCACACUUGGGCAUCUUGAGAUUGACAAUGCCUUAGUGGAUUCUGGAGCAAGCAUCAAUCUGAUCUCUCUCUCCAUGGCAGAGAAGCUAGGCAUAGCUGGAGCCUUGCAGCGCCCUACUACUUCAAUCAUGUUUGGAGAUGCAACUUCUAAGUCUCCUCUUGGAGUGUUCAAGAACUAUCACUUGAAAAUUGGAGAAUGCAUCAUCCAAACUGAUCUCACUGUGAUGGAAAUGGAAGAAGAGAAGGAUUUGCCUCUGUUAUUGGGAACCCCUUUCCUUAGUACAGUUGGCGCUUCAAUAGACUUUCACAAGCAAGAAGUGAUCCUUCACAAGGUGAAUAGUUUGGUGUCAUAUCGCUUGCAGCCUAGAGGUUCAGACUUUUGUGCCACAAUUGACAGUACCAAUCUCAGUUCUAAGAGUCAUGGAGCUACAAAGGUUGUGAAGGAAAGGGUUGACAAGGAACCAAGAGUUGGGAAGGAUAAGGAUGAGAGAGGACCAAGGAUUGAGAAGCCACGUCUUGAGAGGGCUAGAGUUGAGAAACCACGUCUGAUAGGCCACGAGCUGAUAGACUUGUUCAAGCCCCUUGUGUGCUUGAUGAAGAGAGCCUUCAAGCUUUGUUUGAUGAGCCACUAG